CCGGUAAUCCGAGACAGCUUGACUCUGGACGAUAAUAGAACGGUGGCAGCGCACGCGCAGUUAGGCAUCCAGCGAAGGGAGGCUUGCGUGUGAUAGCAUACGCUUCUGUACCCUACCUGAGUAGAACGGCGUUGCACAAUCAACCUGAUACCACAAACAGAUCGAAUUGAGACAAACACGAAGGCCACAUCGUCGCAACUGAAUCCAUUGCAGCUACACGAGAGAUGUGCAGGAACGAGCUGCAUGACUUGCUUGUUGCAUUGCCUAAGUGUGAGCAUCAUGUCCAUAUCGAAGGGGCACUCACACCACGUCUUCUCUUCGAACUUGCCGCGAAGAAUAAGAUUGAUCUUUCUUCUGCUGGUGACCAAGCAUAUGCCAGCGAGGAGAAGUUGCAGGCCCGGUACGGAUCCUUCGCCUCUCUCUCUGAGUUUAUUCGGUACUUCUCAUUCGGUAGCUCUGUUCUCGUAACGGCCGACGAUUUCGAACAGCUUGGCUACACCUACUUUGCUAAAGCUCAUGAUCAGAAUGUGAAGCAUGCUGAAGUAUUCUUCGACCCACAGGCCCAUACCAGACGAGGUAUUACCUAUGACACGAUCGUACGAGGGUUGUCACGCGCGAGACAGCGAGCGGAACAGGACUUCGGCAUGAGUAUCGAAUACAUUCCAUGUAUAUUACGCCAUCACGGGCUGGCAGGUGCAGCACACAUGUUCCAAGAGGUAAUGGAUGCUGGUCACUUUGCAGACGGCACAGUUGCAGGACUUGGUAUGGCUGGCGAUGAGCUCGUGCACCCACCAGAGCACUUCAAGACGAUCUACGACGAUGCAAGGACAGCCAGGGUACGAUGUACUGCACAUGUGGGUCAAGCAGGUCCGGCUUCGUUCGUAUCAUCUGCGCUUGAGAGUCUCAAGACUAGCAGGGUCGAUCAUGCAUGGGUUGCGAAGACGGACACUCGAUUGAUGCAUCAACUUGCCGAAACAAACACGCUCGUUACGCUUUGUCCCAUCUCGAAUAUCACUCUGGGCUUCAUAAGCAGUAUCGAAGAGGCACCCGUACGGGACUUCCUGGAUCAUGGUGUGUGCUUCAGCAUCAAUAGUGACGAUCCGGCAUACUUCGGCAAGUACAUACAGGAAAACUACUGCGCAGUCCAGGCAGCAUUCAAGCUAAGCACUUCCGAUUGGAAGACAAUCUCCACGAAUGCAGUGGAAGGAUCCUGGUGCUCAGACGAGCGGAAAAAAGUCCUUAGAGAAGAAGUCAAUGCGGUACUCUCACAAUGGGAGGCUACACACGAUGCACAGCAAGACUAGGCAUCGGCAACGCACCCGAUGUCUGGCAUUUACAAUGAUCGAUACGACUGCCUGAACUGGCAAUCUUACUGUACUUUUGGUAGUGAGCAGUCCCUCCCGGCCAGAAACUGGCCGUUUCACGCCGUCUGUAGCUGCUAGCCGAUACGUACGAACCCUUAUGCAAGCCAUUAUUCGUGUUGCGCCGCGCA